GCAACUCUGUGUCAGAGUCACGGGAAGUCAGUGAGAGCAGGGGAAGUAGACGUUUAUCUCCGGAAAGCGAGAUGUGUUCUCACUUUGUGUGUUUUUCUGCUGUGUGCGGUUAGUGAGAGAACUGAUAUUGUAACACAGGGAUGAUAACUGGACUCCUACAGCUGCCCAGGAUCACUGAGAGGAUAUCAUCUACAGGUUGACGAGGAAACAGGAGGAUCGUCGGUUCUGCCUCUCCACUGCUUUAACUAGCAAGGAUGCAGGACUAGCCCUGGUUGGACUGUAGAGAGGACACAAGGUUAGCGGGACCAUGGCUCAGUUCAACCUGCAGAAUGUGGAGGAUUUCUAUGAGAUCGGAGAAAUACUGGGCAGUGGUCACUUUGGGCAGGUGCGGGAGCUGCGAGAGCGGGCCAGUGGCGUGUCCUGGGCAGGGAAGUUUGUGAAGCUCCGGCGGAGUGUGAGCAGCAGGCUGGGCCUGGAGAGGAAGUCCGUGGAGCGUGAAGUGGAGAUCCUGCAGGCACUGCAGCACACCAACAUCAUGGCCCUCAAAGACGUGUUCGAGAGCAGGGCUGAGGUGGUCAUCGUCGUUGAACUAAUCCGAGGCGGUGAGCUCUUUGACUUUGUUGCAGAGAAGGAGAACCUGACAGAGAUCGAAGCUAUUGAGUUCCUGAAGCAGAUCCUGAAGGGGGUUGCCUUCAUGCACAGCAAACAGAUCGCCCACUUUGACCUGAAGCCCGAGAACAUCAUGCUGUCAGAUAAAAAGGUGGAGCACCCGGAGAUUAAGAUCAUUGAUUUUGGGCUGGCACAGCGCCUCACCCCAGGAGAGGAGUACAGGAGCCUGUGUGGAACUCCUCAGUACAUCGGCCCUGAGGUGAUAAAUUAUGAGCCCCUGAGCGUAGCAUCUGACAUGUGGAGUAUCGGUGUUAUCACCUACAUACUAUUAAGUGGUCUGUCGCCGUUUCAAGGAGACACGGAUGAGGAGACACUAAGAAACAUUGUAGAUAUGAAGUAUGAAUUUGAAGAACAAUACUUUAGCCAAACAAGCGAUAUGGCUAAAGACUUCAUUGAGAAGCUGCUCAUAAAAGAACCCAGUGAGAGAAUGACAGCGGAAGAAUGUUUACUGCACCCCUGGAUCAAGCCCUUGACUCGAAAGCAGGCAGCUAACAGGAGUCGCUCGUCCAUCAACAUGAAAAACUUCAAGAAAUUUAAUGCCAGGAGAAAGUGGAGGAUGUCCUAUAACAUGGUAUGGGCAUGUAACAGACUGUGCCGUCUGCAGCUGCUAUGUAAGAGGGCCAAAGAGGACGAGGAACUGAGAAGCUGUGAGAGUGACCAAGAGGACAUUGAGACCAAACCAGCCUCUCUCAUCCGCCGCAGACUGAGCAGCAGUUCCUGAGCUUCACCUCUAGAGGACCCCAUCUGCCCAUGGUUCCCUGGCUUCCAUUAUUCCAGUGUUUCCCAAUCCUGGUCCUGGAGGCACCCUGCACGUUAUAGUGGUUUCCCAGCUUGCACAGCCACUGCACUUUGAAAAGACUUAUUAAUUAACUAAUUGAUUAGUUAAUUAGUUGAAUCAGGUUUGUUUGAAGAAGUGUACAUCAUAAAUGCCCAGGGCAGGGUGUUUCAGAGAUUGGGAUUGAUAAGCAUUCUUGUUCAUAUGGAAUCAUAUGGUCAUACAGUAGUAACUGAGGGUACAUUUUCAAUGUACCUUGAGGAACACCAAUACCAGUACCUGUAGCAUUUGUACCAUGUGGUCUGACAGUGUAUUCACACUUUACCGUCCACUGCACCGAUUUCUGUAGAUUUGUCACAAUACAGCGCUACAGAACGUAUGGUAGCCAGCUAUUAUUAUUAUCUUACAUUUUUUGGUGAAUCAUUUUUUACAUUAAUUUUAAAGCACACUUUUAAAUUUCUGAACACAUUUCAGAAUUCACAUUCGUUAUUAAAAAGAAUAAAUAUGAAAAAAAACAGCCAGUGUAGAGCACCAGUCAAAGUGUGGACACUUUUAAUGUGUUUUCAUACUUUUUACUUCAAAAUUGAUUGUAUAAUUCCAUAUGUGUCCCUUAACUGUUUUCAUGUCUUUAAACAUGGAAUGAGAGGGUGUGUCCAAACUUUUGACUGGUACUUUAGGUUGAGGGAAACUGCAUACAAAAGGGAUCUAAAGUUCAAACAUUUUAUUAAAAUAUAUAAAAAAUGUAUUUGUAAUUUUAUUGUGCUAACUGUGUGAGAAUAAGAGACAAAAAUAUGCCUCUUUAAGAACUUUUUGUUCAUUUUUUUAUGGGGUUGUAAUAUCUCUUUUUAUGCCAUGGUCUUGAAGAGUGUCUUCAGUUUACAUUUACAUUUUAUCUUUAGUAUUUUACAAUUUUAUGUACAAUAUGCUAUUUGAUGCAUGAUAUUUCAAUGUCAUAUUCAUCCAGGGGGCAAACAAAAUGCUUUGCAUGCUAAUGUGUGAUGCUAAUUUUCACAAAAACCUAGUCAAGUUGCAGUUAUCUGAAUUCUCAUAUAAAAUGGAACUAAACAGAACUUAUGAACAUGUCUUUAUAUUGCUAUGAAAGAUUGAUUGAUUGAUUGAUUGAUUGACUGCUUCCUUUGGCACAAUCAGUCAGGGUAUAUACAAAAGGAUGCUAGCUAUAAGUUAGUGCUCAUUUUUCAGGCCUAGUAGCUAGAUUUAAAGUAUCUCAAUUAGAAAGUGUAUUUUAGAGUCCUAAAGUCAGAACUGAUUGAACAGACUGCCUAACACACUUUUACCACACAUCUCAUGCAACCUUAGUGCUGUGAAAGGACAGGGAAAUCACACCCGUUCAUUUUGGUGGAACCUGAGUAUCGAAUAGUGGUAUUUGUAGUGGUAGCUCACACAGUGCCUCUGAUUAUCUGUUAGCCAAAUUUGUUCUUAGCCAGAGCUGUGUCUCCAUGGGAAGUGUUGAUUUUUUUUUUUUUUUGUAUUAAAUACAUAUUUUGUCUGAAGAAAGAAAGUUUUUGUGAACUUUUACUGUUACUGCUAAAAAACCUAGGUGAAGACUAGCUUUUGCUAGUUUAUGAAUAAACUUUACCUGUCAGA